CAGGCCCACGGCUCAUGGAGUUCCCCCGCCGGCCCACGGUGGGGCGCAGUGAAGGAGCAGCGAAGGGGAAAGGAAGGCCCCGCCCUACAGGGAGAAGAGGGCGUGACCCGGAUGGCGCGCGGCCUGACUGUGGCAGAUUCCCGAGCCCAGCCCGGGACCUAAGGAGACUGGCAAGCCAUGGCCCCUGGAGCGCCUGCUCCGGUGCCCGUGACUUUUGAGGAUGUGAUUAUGUAUUUCACGGAACAGGAGUGGAGGACCUUGGAGGAGUGGCAGAAGGAGCUCUAUAAACAUGUGGUGAAGGCCAACUACGCGACCUUGGUCUCAUUGGGCUGUGCCAUUCCCAAACCAGACUUGAUCACCUGGAUUGAACAGGGGGAAGAACCGUUCAUCAGAGGUCAGGGAAACUUAGGGACAAGAGACCUGGCAAUUGACUGUGGAGUUGAUGAUUGUCUUGAGUUGAAGCACACCAAAAUGCAGCUGCUUUGUGGGGAUUCUGGAUCAAGUUCAGGACGAGAGGAAAGUCCUCAAAACCAGAACAGGUCUGAGCCCUUACCAUUCCACUGCAGUGAAUGCAGCAAGGCCUUCCCUCACAAGGCUCAAUUAACCAAACACUUUAGGAUCCACAGACGAGAGAAACACUUCUGGUGCACUGAGUGUGAUAAGAACUUUGCUGGAAAAUAUGAAUUACUGCGGCACCGGCUUCUGCACACAGGGGAGAGGCCCUUCCAGUGCCCCAAGUGUGACAGGAGCUUUCGCCAGAAGGGCCAUCUGCUCAGGCAUCAGCGCUUGCAUACUGGGGAGAGGCCCUUCCGGUGCCCCGAGUGUGAUGAGUGCUUCCGGCUAAAAGCUGACAUGAAGGCCCACCAGCGCCGACACAGGGGAGAGAAGCCAUUCUCCUGCAGCGAGUGCGGUAAGAGCUUCACCAAACAUUGUUAUCUCACCGAGCACAUCAGACUGCACACGGGGGAGAGGCCCUUCCAGUGCCCCGAGUGUGGCAAGAAUUUUCGUAUGAAAGCAGACAUGAGAGUCCACCAGCGCAGACACAGCAAGGCCAGGUCAUUCCGGUGCAGCGAGUGCGAUAAGGCCUUCCCCAAGCAGUCCAAGCUCACAGCCCAUGUUAAAGUGCACACUAAGAAACAGCACUACAGGGCCCUGCUAUUCGGACUGAUGGACCUGGACUGGGGCUGAGGCAGAAUCAUGACACACAAGUGAUUAUCAAAUACAGACUCAAAGUCCAUGUUAGAGUUAGAAGGGACCUAAGAUGUUACCUAGUACAAUCCUCCUACAACAUGAGAAUCACACCCCAAGAACUUCAAGCUGUCAGAAUUCUAUGUGGAACAAGCAGUUGUUUGGUAUUCUGAUCAUAUAGCAUCCUUCAAGGGAUCUGAAUAACAAUUGGCCAAUAAUGUGAGUGACCAAACUGGAUAAUGUUGUCCUUGUUCAAUAAGAUAAAACAUGGAAGAAUACCAAAAUGAAUCACUUCUCUGUUGGUAAAUAUUUUUACUCUUUGGAAAAAUCUAGAAAGUUAGGCCCUGAAAGACUGAGAAAUAAUCCUAACUAAAUUUAAGGAAUAGUCAGUAUGAUGAGGAUGGAAAUCUUUCCCCUACCUAUCUUAAAUAUGAAUGGGUGAAGCUCAAAUGAACAUCCUGAAUGAAGAUCCUAUAAAAUGUGGUCCCAAUUUCAUGCUAUUACAGUGAGGAACUUGGUGGGAUUGUUUCCUUAUAGUUUGUUGCUGACAAUAAUAAGUGGAGCCUCUCAACCUGAGACCCCAUCAGUAGUUGUGGAGAUUCAUCUGACUGCAGUGAACCUGUGUAGUCUUCCUACCUCUUGCAGAGCUCUCUACUAGGGAGGAUGUGAUGGAAUAGAAGACAUAGUCUCUGAUGGCUCAGUCUAAUGAACAAGUUCCCAAAUGUAGUGACUCUGGAAAUACUCAGAAAGAAACAUGUCCACAAAUAUAGACAAGUAUAUCUCACUAGUUACCAUGGACAUAAAAUACCAGCUAACAUUGUCAGAAUUUACCUGGGAAGGUAGGUGAAAGGCAUCUGAAACAGGGGAAAUAGCCUGCAGAAAUCCAUCAGGAUCAGCUUUAGCUGAAAAAAAAAUGACUGGGAGUAGUAUUCAAUUUUUUGUGAUGAAGGGGGUCAUUGAAACUAGGGCUCAGGAGGUUACAUUUGAGACAGAGCCAUUGUGGUAUAUAUUAGAUAAAGUACUGAAGCCUAAGGGUUUAAAUAUGCCCUCAGACUUUUAUUAGUUCUGGCAUCAUGAAUGUUAUUUAAUUCAGAACAUCAGUUUCCUCUUAUAUAAAA